GGGGGGGGGGCACACGAUGUUGCAAUGGACCGUUAUUACCAAUGCAGAAAUUCUAACAUGAUGAAGUGUCCACCCUGUCGAGACGAGAGAGGUAACUGAACGCGAGAGAACUUGAACCAAGCAUCGGCAGAGGGGAGGAAUACGAUAGGUGCCAGUUCUUCUGGCAAUCGAGCCAAGGAUGUGAUUAGUUGCAUGUACGUCUUGGUGAGAAAGGCACACAGAUAUGCACUUCGUUUGUUGGCUCGAAUGGAAGUGUGGGAAACUCGACGGGGCUAGUAGACAAACACGCUGCAAGGCUGGGAGGACUGUGACGGCGUUGUUGUUCGGACCAUAAACAGUGCUGUCCAAAUCGUGUAUAAAUACUCCUCUUGGUUUCCCCAAAGGUCGAAUAACAUCCAUCAUCAACACCAUCCUUCAAAGCAUCUCAACAAAAGAUCUAUCAACUCUUUCUUGAUCCUAAAGUGUCAUCGCCAUCCAGUAUAACAACCUCACUCGAGAUAUCAUCAGACGUCGUCUCUGAUCUCAAACAUCCUAUCCAUAACAUAUCUGUACUUCGACCAGUAAGUUCGAGCCAUAAAGCCUUGUCGCGUUUCAUAUGAAGUAUUGCAGAGAACCAAGGCUAAUAUGAAUGGUUACACAUAGCUCCCAUCAACAUGUGUUUCUUCGACCAGUGCCAAUUCGUCUGUGGUGACUACAAGUGGGGCCACUUUCGACAACAUUGUGCCAAAGAAUACCGUACGGGCGAGACCUGCGGCAUGAAGUUGGUCAUGACCACAUACCAGAGUCAUGAGAAGUGCAAGAUUUGCACGAAGAUCGAAACAAAAUGGGGCCGUAUCCAGAAGGAGCAGGAGCGUGUACUUCGAUGGAAGAAGGAAAACGGAAAGAGUCGCCAACACUCAAUCGAGGCGUCAGAGGAGAAGAUCCGGGAUCUGCAACAAGAGGUCAAUAAUCUCGAAUGGCAACGCUCGCAGAAUGCUAUGGAGUUGUGAAAGGUAAGAGACCAAUCGCUUGUUUGAGUGAUGAUAUUUUAUGCUAAUUCUUCUCAGUGAAACUUUCCACAUGACACGAUAGUACAGAACUAGCGAACUAUUUUGUCGCGUUUCGAACUUUUUUUUUUUUCCAUAGGGUUGUCUUUCUUUUGAUGGAGUGAAAUGAUGGAACGGAAGAGUGGUCUUUCAUUUAAGGAUGUUUUGGAAAUGAUUGGUUUCUGGAGACAGAUGAAGGAAUUGUUCUGGAAUUAGAUAGUCUCACGACUUAACGAUGAAACGAUCAUUUGAAUAAGUCCCUUGAAAUUGCCAAUAAGUUGCCAAUGACUUGUGGAUAUGAUUGUAUUCUGUCAAUGGAACCGACAAUCUGGUCAAAUUUUGAGGGGGCCAUUUGAUGCUGACCGGGCGCUUAGAUGAAGAAAUUGGGCGGCUCGGGAAAUUAAUGCAUGCAAGCUAAAUGCAAGCUUCCAUGAACUGUCGGGGAACUGAGGCACCAUCCGAAAUCAUAAAAGGCGAUCAUAUCAAAAGAUUUGCCGGAGAAUUUGGCCGUCGAUGAUGAUCAAUUUCCUUGCGAUAAUGAAAAGAUCCCA